AUCCAUCUCCGUCAUCAACACAACCACCAACAACCCCAUCACUACGAAUCCCAUCAUCAACCAAAUUACAGUUGUUUUCUCUUCUCCCCUUGCCCCCAUCGAUUAACAUCAACUCUACACCGCUAUGGGAAAGGAGAGCGAAAAGUCAGCCAAACUUGACAAAGGCAAAGGGAAGGCCGCAGAUACCCCCGAAAAGAAGGAUGGUGAUGCCUCUAAGGAAACACAGGAGAAGAAUGGGAACGGAGCAAAGAAAGGAAAGAAGGAUGAGCCUCAAGAAGGUGUGGCUUUUUCCGAUAAUGACGCCUCUCAAGCCGAUGAAACUGAUGGAGGAUAUAGAAGAGCUCUCGGAGGAAGACCAACAGCUGAAGUCAGAGCUUGAAAUGCUGGUUGAACGGCUAAAGGUUUGUCUGAUAUCGCCCCCAGCCACCGGUGACUUAACCGGUGACUGUUUGAUUUUCUAGGAACCCAAUGCCGAACUCUACAAACCCGCGUUGGAAGCUAUUAAAACCUUUAUCCGAACAUCGACUUCCUCGAUGACUGCUGUCCCGAAGCCUUUGAAAUUUCUGCGCCCGCAUUACAAGUCUCUUAUAGAACUCUAUGAGCAAUGGCCGGAAGGCGAAAAUAAGGUUUGGUCGCAACCCCCAGUAUGACGGCGAUGGCUAUAGGUUAAUUGCUAGCAGGUUGCUAUGGCCGAUGUUCUCUCCGUUCUCGGGAUGACUUACGCAGAUGAGAACCGACUAGAUUCGCUCAGAUAUAGACUGCUAGCCCCUAUGGAGGACCCUGGCUCGUGGGGUCACGAAUACGUCCGGCAUCUGGCGCUGGAGAUCGGUGCAGAAUUUACUUCGCGCCAAGAAAAGGAAGAAGACACACAAGACUUGACUAACUUGACAAUGUCUCUCAUACCAUUCUUUCUCAAGCAUAAUGCAGAAGCAGAUGCUGUUGAUUUACUGCUAGAACUGGAGAUCAUCGACAAGCUUCCGCCUUUCUUGGAUGAGAACACCUAUCAGAGAGUAGGACUAUACAUGAUCAGGUGGGUUUUAGAAACUGGGCUCAAAAAAAGCUCUGACUUGGGUUCUUGCUAACAUUGUGCAUAGUAUGGUGCCCCUUCUCUCUCCCCCCGAUGACAAGACAACUCUGGAGACAGCGCAUUCCAUAUAUCGCAAAUACAAUAAGCUAGCCCAAGCGAUUACUCUUGCUAUUCGUCUUAACGAUGUACACUUGAUAGGGGAGGAUCUUGAUGCCGCGGAGGAUCCCGUGCUCAAGAAACAGCUUGCCUUCCUUGUUGCGCGACAACAAAUCUCACUGGAUACCCCAGAUCCGGACAUAAAUGAGGCACUCAACAAUACACGGUUAUCGGAGCACUUUGCGGCUCUCGGGAAGGAGCUCAACAUCCUCGAUCCCAAGACUCCUGAAGACAUUUACAAAUCGCAUCUGGAGAAUUCCCGUGGCUCCGGAGGAAGUGUGGACUCCGCUAAGCAGAACCUUGCGAACAGCUUUGUAAACAGCUUUGUAAAUGCUGGAUUUGGAACAGAUAAGUUGAUGCUGGUUGAGGACGAGAGCAACAACUGGGUUUACAAAAAUAAAGAUUUGGGGAUGCUUAGUGUAACUGCCAGUAUCGGUAUGUUGUACCAGUGGAAUGUCGAUGGAUUGGAUGUUAUCGACAAGUACACGUAUCAAGAGGAGGAAAACAUCAAGGCCGGGGCUGCUCUUGCCAUUGGAAUUCUCAAUUGUGGAGUUCGAACCGAGAUGGACCAUGCCAUGGCCCUUCUCCUUAACGAUGAGUACCUUGAAAGCAAGAGCGUCCCAAUCAGAGUGGCUGCGAUUAUGGGCCUUGGACUUGCCUACGCUGGAUCCCAGCGAGCCGAAUUUCUGGAACGGCUCCUACCAAUUAUUGGCGAUUCCUCAAUCACGUUACAGGUCUCUGGCAUGGCCGCCCUGUCCCUCGGACUGAUAUUUGUUGGGUCAAGUAACGGUGAUAUUUCCAGCACAAUUAUACAGACGUUGAUGGAGCGGGCAGAAGGGGACGAUCCUUCACUGAAGGAUAAAUGGGGUCGGUUCCUUGCCCUUGGACUGGCACUUCUAUUCGUGGGACGGCAAGAUGAUGCGGAUGUCACCCUAGAAACCCUGAAGGCUAUCGAGCACCCCAUUGCCAAACACGGUGGGGUUCUGGUGGAUGCUUGUGCUUACGCUGGAACCGGUAACGUGUUGAAAUACCAAAGCAUGUUACACCUUUGCAACGAACAUAUUGACACCUCUGAGGACGAAAAGAAGGGCGAGGACCUGUUCCAAUCUUAUGCUGUAUUAGGAUUGGCACUCAUAGCCAUGGGAGAAGACAUCGGUGCCGAAAUGGCCUUAAGACAAUUCGGUCAUCUAAUGCACUACGGAGAUGGAAUUAUCCGCAAGACUGUUCCCCUAGCAAUGGGUCUUCUUAGUGCAUCCAACCCCCAGAUCAAGGUCUACGACACCCUCUCCCGCUACUCACACGACAAUGAUAUCGAUGUUGCGAUAAACGCAAUUUUUGCCAUGGGGUUGGUUGGUGCGGGAACAAACAACGCACGUUUAGCGCAACUUCUGCGACAGUUGGCAAGCUACUACCACCGGGACCCCAACUCGCUCUUCAUGGUCAGGAUAGCGCAAGGUCUAUUGCACAUGGGCAAGGGAACCCUAAGCUUAAAUCCAUUCCACAACGACCGGAGUGUGCUGAGCAGAGUCGCAACUGCUGGUUUAUUAACAGUGCUGGUGAGCUUGAUUGAUGCUAAGAGCUGUACUUACUCCUGCCUUCUUUGAUCAUUACUCCUGGGAUCAGUAUUAACUUAGUACCUUCUAGUCAUCCUUGAGUCUUCACAUUACCUGCUAUACUUCCUCGUCGCAGCGAUGCACCCCCGUUUCCUGAUUACACUAGACGAGAAUCUCCAGCCACUUCCCGUAAACGUACGAGUCGGUCAAGCAGUGGAUGUCGUCGGUCAAGCGGGUCGGCCGAAAACUAUCACCGGCUGGCAAACACAGAACACACCAGUACUGUUAGCAUACGGUGAGAGGGCGGAACUAGAGGACGACGAAUAUAUCUCUCUGAGCAACAAUCUUGAGGGAUUAGUCAUUCUCAAAAAGGUCAGCAACAAUCAUUGACUUAUCGGCUAGAUAUUAAAACCACUGCUAACCCACACUCCACAACAAAUAGAAUCCCGAAUGGCAAGGAAGGGACUAGAGGGCCGGAUAAGAUCCCGAUAGUAUAAAGCUUGGUCCGAAGAGAGCUCUAUUGCGGAGUAAUUCUUGUUGAUGGAUAGCCAGUUUUUGUCUAGAGAGUGAAAUUCGUAGUUUUUACCUUUUGUUUCUUUUAUAUUCACUUUUGCUGCUUGGCCUCCGGUGUAAAUUACCAAUGCAUGACCAGUCAUUCCCUUUU